AGCGACUCAUCCUCCGAUCUAUUACAUUAAGUUGUUUGACGUCUUCUUCCUCAAACCUAAUCGCUGGUAAUCCACUGUGCACCUCAGGUGUGUUAUCUACCAUCACUGGUCGGACUAACACAGCAAAAAUAUUCCCCCCUUUAGCUGUGUAUUUAGCAAACAGUGAAGUGAAACUCUGAGAUUCAACAAAAAGGAGAGGACAGAAUGUGGGAAUGGAGUAGAAGGGUGACGGGGUUGUGGUCCGCGGCGGCGGCCUCGUUCUCAUCAUCUUUUAGGCUUUUGUGGAUUAUGAUGCCGCUGUUUCUGGUGGCAGGUUUGGCGGUUUUCUCCGGCCCUCGGACUUCCUUUUUGCUCUUCGCUUCUCCCUUCCUACACGGCGGCGGUGGGGUCUUCAAUGGCUCUUCAACUCCCCAAUCACAAGAAAUUUUCAGUCCAAACAUUUCGUCGGAAACAAACAAGACGCACGAGAAUUUAACAAGUAUCGCAGGACCUUUGUUACCAACCGAACAUGAAGAAACAAAAAAUGGAACAUCAUCGUCGUCUUCAAAUUCUACCGAGGAUGGCGGGACAACAUCAUCGUCAUCAACGAGAAGGUACAACAAGUUAGAGAUGUUGGAAGCUGGACUUGCGCGUUCUCGAGCUUCAAUACUAAGAGGAAACUCAACAAUAGAUGACAACUUCAUACCUAGUGGCCCUAUGUACUGGAACGCCUCGGUCUUUCACAGGAGCUAUUUGGAAAUGGAGAAAACACUGAAGGUGUACGUGUACAAGGAAGGGGAGCCCCCAGUGUUUCACUUUGGUCCAUGCAAGCAUACUUAUGCAAUCGAAGGCUAUUUCAUUCAGGCAAUGGAUACCAUUCCCUUCCAGACCUCUGACCCACACCAGGCUCAUCUCUUCUUCCUCCCCAUCAGCGUUACCAUGUUGACGCAAGCGAUUUUUGUUCCUGAAUCCCAUGACUGGACUCUCAUGAUGAAGACUGCCUUCGAUUAUGUUAACGUUAUUGCCCAUAAAUACCCCUUCUGGAAUCGGAGUCUUGGCGCCGAUCAUUUCAUACUUGCUUGCCAUGACUGGGGGCCUAAAAUUUCAUUUGCGGUACCAAACCUAUACAACAACUCAAUCCGGGCACUAUGCAACGCCAACACCUCAGAAAGAUUCGACCCCAAGAGAGACGUCUCCAUCCCAGAAAUCCAUCUCCCACUCGGCACGACCAAGGGUCUUCUGGGAGGUCCAUCUCCAUCUCAGCGCACCGUGCUGGUCUUCUACUCUGGAGGCCUCCACGGUCCCAUACGCCCAAUCCUAAUGAAACACUGGGAGAACAAAAGCGACGAAGACGUCCAAAUCCACAGCUACCUUCCCAAGGGGGUUUCCUACUAUGGCAUGAUGCGCAAAAGCAAGUACUGCAUCUGCCCCAGCGGCUACGAAGUGGCCAGUCCUAGAAUGGUGGAGGCGCUCUACAUGGGCUGUGUUCCGGUGCUCAUAAAAGAGGGCUACGUUAUUCCCUUCAGCGACGUGCUGAACUGGAAGAAGUUUGCGGUGAUUAUUCCGGUGAGGGAUAUUCCGAACCUGAAGAAAAUCUUGACGGGAAUUUCGCAGAGGCAGUAUUUGAGGUUGCAGAGUAGGGGCCUCAAGAUGAGGAGGCAUUUCGAGAUUAACAAUCCUCCCAAACGUUAUGAUGUCUUCCACAUGAUUCUUCAUUCUAUAUGGCUUAGAAGACUCAAUAUUCGUCUUCGUGAAUCGUGAUUUUCAUCAUCUUUCUUGAUUUUGGUUUUACUACGUACUAUUGCUUUUGUAUUUAUUUUACGUGUGUAUUCUUAGGAUUUUAUUAAGAAAAUAUUAUGAAGUAUGUAAAGGGGCAAUAAUAUCUUUAUAAUAAUUUUAUUUUUGUAAAA